AUGACAUACACCAACCCUGUCAUUCCGGGCUUCAACCCGGAUCCUUCAAUUGUCCGAGUCAAUGAGGACUAUUUCUUGGUCACUUCGAGCUUUGAAUACUUUCCGGGUGCGCCAAUAUAUCACAGCCGUGACUUGAUUCAGUGGAAGCUCGUCGGUCAUGCAUUGACGAGGCUGAGUCAACUUCAAAUUCACACACCGGAGCCGGGCGGCGGUGUCUGGGCCACGACAAUUCGCUACCAUGACGGGGAGUUUUAUAUCCUGGCGGCUAGCUUUCAGCGGUAUCGCCCGCAGGAAGAUGAUCGAGUAUGGCCACGGGGAUUCUAUGUCAAGACGAAGGAUAUCUGGGAUGAUGGCUCUUGGUCUGAUCCGGUAUAUUUUGAUCAAGUCGGGUUCGAUCAGGAUCUUUUCUGGGACGAUGAUGGAACAGUCUAUCUAUCGUCCACAUAUCGAAAGCUUCUGCCUACUCCGGGGGUCAAACUCAAAGACUUUGCCAUCCACAUCAGCACGGUUGACCUCGCGACAGGUCGCUCAACAUCGGCGCCCAGAUUGAUCCGCGAGUCCACUUCUGGUGUUGCUGAAGGGUCACACAUCUUCAAACGCGGUCGGUAUUAUUAUCUCUUUACAGCUGAAGGCGGGACCGAGGGGGGCCAUUGCGAGUGGGUUAGUCGAAGUGAGGCUGGACCUUUCGGACCGUGGACGCUGGGGCCGAAGAAUCCUCUCUGGCGCAAUGGGACAGACGAUGAAGUUCAGAACACCGGUCAUUUAGAUCUCGUUGAAGAUGUAAGUGGGAACUGGUGGGCGGUGCUGCUGGCUGUUCGGCCAGUACGAAAGGAGAAUGGAUGGGAGGAUUCCGUUUUUGGGAGAGAGACGUUUCUGGUCCCGGUUGAAUGGGAGAAUGAUUGGCCCAUUGUCAAUCGAGGGAACAAGAUUACCCUGCAAUCCGAGGGACCGGGACUAUACGCACAUGAGAGUCCGGUCGUGUGGAGAGAUGAUUUCACGAGUCAGACAUUGAGUAUUGGGUGGUAUAGAAAGAAUACACCAUUGUCUGUUGAUUAUUCCCUGAGUGAGCGUCUACACCACCUUCGAUUGCAUGGGGGACCCUACACCUUAUGCGUACCAGCCAGCCCCACCAUGUUUCUCCGAAAGCAAACACAUCAGGUUUGUACCUGGGAGACGAGGGUCUCAUUUCACCCGAGCUCUGAGCACACCGAAGCCGGAACUGUUUUGUGGUGGAAUUACUUCACGCACAGUACCAUCGGCAUUCGAAAACGAGGUCCGCAUCGAAUUAUUCGAUUUCAGCCAUCAGAGGGCGAAUCGAUUGAGAUGGUACUAGAUUCAGCCAAUGACAUAAUUCUUUUGAUUGAAUGUGGUAAAGAGUACCGCUUUGGAUAUCGGGAUGCUGCCAAUGCGGAAAUCAUCUGGGUUGGGGCUGUAUCCAACAACGCUGCCACCAGGGCGCCGCCGGUAGGAGCACCAUUUACAGGAAUGAUGCUUGGGCUGUACGCUUUUGGUGAUCGGCAACCAUGUCAGGCCCCAGCCGACUUUGCUUAUGCGCAAUUCGCAUGA